AUGCUUACAGUAGAUGGUAGCUGGAGUUCAUGGACUUGGGGAGGUUGCAGCAAGACAUGUGGAGGAGGAGUGAAGUACGCAAGUAGGACAUGUACAGAUCCUUCACCACAGAGUAGCAAUUGCACUGGACCUUCAAAACAGUCAGCCUCUUGCAACACACAAGGAUGCCCAGUAAAUGGUGGCUGGAGUUCAUGGUCUUGGGGAGCUUGCAGCAAGACAUGCGGAGUAGGAGUGAAGGUAGAUAGGAGGACAUGCACAAAUCCUGCACCACAGAAUGGUGGUAGCAACUGCGCUGGAUCUUCAAGAACGUCAGUUUCUUGCAAUACACACGUUCCUUGCCCAGAAAUUAACAGCUGCAGCUACAAGUACACAUUCUACCAAACACACAGCGAUGGAAAUAUGGUGUAUAUCGAGCGUCACAGAAUGAACUGCGGUGGGAGCGGCACUAUCUUGUCCAUGUUCCAUUUGCAAAAAAGUGGUGGGAAUAUGCGCUACCAAUACAAAUGCUGCACAAUUCAGGGAUCUUGCUCAUUGCAGAGCAAAACAACAUCCUUCAGCGACGACGGUGGUGGUAAUCUUGUCUACUUGGACAGGCAUGGAGCUGAUUGCGGUAACUCUGGAUUUAUCAAUGAUAUCAGAGUUGAGAGGAAUUCUGCCCACAACAAAGUUCGUUACAACUACUAUUGUUGCAACCUUCCAAGCCCAUGGGCAAGUCGUAGCACGUGCUACACCAGUUAUACUGACUUCACAGACGAUGGCGGUGGUAGGGUCUACUACCUUGACAGGCAGACAGUGUCCUGCAAUUCUGGUUAUGCAUUGUCUUACAUCAGGCUUCAACGCAACAGCAGCGACAACAAAGUAAGGUACCAGUAUCGCUGCUGCAAGGUCAACUAUUAACCAACUAGCCUCAGGUGAUGAACAAAAGUAACCUGCCUCUAUAGAACUGCAACAAGGACACCAGUUUCGGGUUUGAUUAAUUUUCCUACACUUUAUCUAAAAUGUUAGCUUAUUCUCCGUCAGAAUAUGGUCUGCGACGCAGGCUACUAAAAUGUCAGAAUUUUACUCCAUUUCAACAUGGCCUUUGAUCCUCUUCUUACAACUUCGAUUCUAAUUUUCAUGAUUUUUUCCGAGAAAGAAAGUCUAGUCCCUCAAUACAAAACCUCAGAUUCUUAUUUGCAUCCGUAUUUCAUUUUGUAUCAUUUUGUCUUAAGCGUCCAGACUUUCGAGCUAUGGAUAUCGAUAUCGAAUAUGCUUUUUAGCCACCUGUUUUUCUCGCAUAAGGGAAACAUAUGGUCACCGGUUUUCACAGGUUUUCAGAAAACAAUAGCCACCGGUUUCAAUAUUGGCGCAUAGAUAGCAUACUCCAAACUGUCACUUCG